UUUCUUUUCAAAGAAGAAUUAUCGCAUCUGAUCUGAGAGAACCGGUUGGAAAUCAAGAAGCAUGGCUCAACUAGCCGGGCACGACGGCACGGCAUCCCUUGCUAUCGAGUUCUCGGAGAUUGGCCGGAGUUUUAGGUCGUCGUUCAGGAGGAGUACCUCGUACGCCGGCAGUUUUCGCAGCGACCAUUCCGGCAAUAACGUGGGAGAUGCAGCUGAGGAGGACGAGAGGGAGCUGUUCUGGGCAGCCAUCGAGAGGCUGCCCACCUACGAUAGGUCGAGAACCUCUCUGCUCUCUGUCGUCAACGGCGAUAUCAAUAAUGAUAGCUUCCGCGGCGGCGAUAAUGGCACGGACGGGAGAAAGGUGGUGGAUGUGAAGAGACUUGCUGCAACUGAGAGGCACCUGCUGAUAGAGAAGCUUAUCAACGACAUAGAGGAGGACAAUCUCCGGCUGUUAAGGAAUCUCAGGCAAAGAUUUGAUAGGGUGGGCGUGAAGGCACCGACUGUGGAGGUAAGAUACAACGGCUUAAGCGUGGACGCUAAAUGUCAAGUGGUCGACGGCAAGCCUCUGCCGACGCUGUGGAAUACUGCCAAAGGCAUGAUCACCGGCUUGGUGAAGGUGCCUGGGAUCAAUGCAAGUCAAACAAAGAUUAGCAUCCUCAAGGAUGUCAGUGGAAUUAUCAAACCAUCCAGGCUGACUCUUCUACUGGGUCCACCUGGGUCUGGCAAAACCACCCUGUUGCUCGCUCUUGCAGGAAAGCUCGAUCCCACCUUGAAGGUGAAGGGAGAAGUAUCAUACAAUGGGUACAGGAUAGAUGAGUUUGUUCCCCAGAAGACAUCCGCUUAUAUCAGCCAGUAUGAUCUCCACAUCCCGGAGAUGACCGUAAGAGAAACCCUAGAUUUCUCAGCCAGAUGCCAAGGCGUCGGCCGCAAGCACGAGGCGAUAAUGGAACUUAUUAGGAAGGAGAAGGAAGCCCGGAUUGUGCCUGACCAUGACUUAGACUUGUUCAUGAAGAUACUGGGGCUGGAUGUGUGCUCCGGCACUAUUGUUGGCGAUGUAAUGAGAAGAGGCAUUUCUGGAGGACAAAAGAAGAGACUCACUACUGGGGAGAUGAUUGUUGGUCCCACGAAGACGUUGUUCAUGGACGAGAUAUCGACGGGGCUGGACAGCUCGACGACGUUUCAGAUCGUGACGUGCCUGCAGCAGUUCGUCCACAUCGCCGACGCCACCGUUCUCAUCUCGCUGCUGCAGCCGGCCCCCGAGACCUUUGAACUUUUCGAUGAUGUGAUCCUCAUGGCGGAGGGCAAGAUUGUCUACCAUGGCCCUCGCUCCGAGGUUCUCUCCUUCUUUGAGGCCGCCGGCUUCCGCUGCCCCGAGAGGAAAGGUGUGAUAUCGAAAAAGGACCAAGCUCAGUAUUGGAGCAGGUCAAGUCCUUAUACCUACGUGACGGUGGACCAAUUCGUGGAGAGAUUCAGAGCGUCACAUAUCGGGAGGCGGCUAGGGCAGGAGCUUCAGCAGCCCUUCGAUCGUUCACAAAGCCACGAAGAUGCCAUCUCCUUCAAGUUCUAUUCUCUCAGCAAAUGGGAGCUUCUCAAGGCCUGCAUGUCCAGGGAGAUGCUCUUGGCCAAGAGGAACGCCUUCGUCUAUAUCUUCAAAACUUCUCAGCUGGUCUUUAUAGCGUUCAUCACCAUGACCGUGUUUCUGCGAACCACGAUGCACGUGGACACGAACGGGGCACAAAACUAUAUGGGUGCAAUCUUCUUCUCCAUGAUCAUGCUCAUGGUCGACAGCUUCCCGGAGCUGGCAAUGACUGUGUCAAGGCUGCCAGUGUUCCAGAGGCAGAGAGAUUUCUACUUCUAUCCCGCUUGGGCCUACAGCUUGACUACCGCCGUCUGGAAGAUACCUCACUCCCUCCUUGAGUCCUUCAUUUGGACAGCCACUACCUACUAUGUGAUUGGCUACACCCCAGAGGCUGGAAGAUUUUUCCGUCAGUUCCUGUUGUUUUUUGGCGUGCACCAAAUCUCAGCAUCACUAUUCCGGCUUGUGGCCUCAGUUUGUCAAUCAAUGGCAGCUGCAACAUUGGCAGCUCUUAUGUCUGGUUGGCUGAAGUGGUCAUUCUGGGCAUCUCCAAUGUCUUAUGCCGAGGUUGGAAUCGUCGGGGAUGAGUUUCUUGCCCCAAGGUGGCAGAAGAUCUCCUCCGGAAAUACUACCAUCGGGCAACAGAUUUUAAGAAACAGAGGGCUUAAUUUCCCAGGAUACUUCUACUGGAUAUCAGUGGGGGCAGUGUUUGGUUUCGUCAUACUUUUUUAUGUGGCAUAUACCUUGGCCUUAACUUAUUUAAAGGGUGAAGGAUCAGGGGCUUUUAUUUCUAAGGAGAAGCUUGCUCAACUACAAGGAACAGAAGAAGCUUGUCCUGAUGAAUUACAAGGAACGGAAGAAGCUGGUCGUGAUGAUACUGCCUCGAAACAGAAGAAAACUGGCAAGAUGGCAUUGCCAUUUCAGCAAUUAUCAAUGACAUUUAAUGAAAUCAAGUACUUCGUUGAUAUGCCACAGGAAAUGAGAAAUCAGGGUGUGACAGAAAGGAAACUGGCAUUGCUUAGGGAUAUCACUGGUUCAUUCAGGCCUGGCAUUCUCACAGCACUCAUGGGUGUCAGUGGAGCCGGGAAGACAACACUUAUGGAUGUCCUUGCUGGGAGAAAAACAGGGGGGGCCAUUGAAGGAGAAGUAAGAAUUGGAGGGUACCCAAAAGUUCAAUCAACAUUCGCCAGGAUAUCUGGCUAUUGUGAACAGAAUGACAUUCAUUCUCCACAUAUUACAGUUGAAGAAUCUGUUGUCUUUUCAGCUUGGCUGAGAUUAGCCCCAGAGAUUGACCAGAAGACUAAAAGGGCAUUCGUAAAUGAAGUGCUGGAAACCAUUGAGCUUGAUGGUAUCAAAGAUUCAUUGGUCGGCAUGCCUGGUGUAAAUGGUCUCUCGACAGAACAACGAAAGCGGCUAACUAUUGCAGUUGAGCUUGUUGCUAAUCCUUCCAUAAUAUUCAUGGAUGAACCCACAUCGGGCCUGGAUGCAAGAGCAGCUGCAAUUGUCAUGCGUGCAGUGAAGAAUGUCGUCAACACUGGAAGAACUGUGGUGUGCACAAUCCAUCAGCCAAGCAUUGAUAUAUUUGAGUCAUUUGAUGAGUUGUUGCUGAUGAAACGAGGUGGUCAACUAAUUUAUGCUGGACCUCUUGGUAGGAACUCAAGCAGCGUCAUUGAGUAUUUCGAGAGAAUACCUGGCGUUCCAAAGAUCAAAGACAACUAUAACCCAGCUACAUGGAUGUUGGAAGUUAGCAACAUAUCAAUGGAAAGGCAACUUAAUGUUGAUUUUGCAGAAAUCUACAGAAACUCCUCUCUCUGUCGAAGCAACAAAGAGCUGGUAAAUCGGCUGAGCACACCACCUCCUGGUUCCCAAGACCUAAGCUUCCCAACUAAAUUUCCGCAGAAUGGUUGGGGACAGUUCAAAGCAUGCUUUUGGAAGCUAAGCCUGUCAUAUUGGCGCAAUCCUGCGUACAAUUUGUUCCGCCUCGCUUUCAUUGUCAUCAGUGCUGUGCUUCUAAGUUUGCUCUUUUGGAAGCAUGGGAGGAAAAUAGACUCGCAGGAGAAUUUGUUCAGCAUACUGGGGAUGUUGUUCUUGGCGACCAUUUUCAUAGGUGUAAAUAACUGCAUUUCGGUGUUCCCUGUAGUAGCAAUUGAGCGUAGCGUCUUAUACCGGGAGAAAUUUGCUGGGAUGUAUGCUUCCCCAGCGUAUGCAUUUGCUCAGGUGGUGAUUGAGCUUCCUUACGUGUUCGUCCAAGCAGUUAUCUAUGGGAUAAUUACGUACUCCACAGUAUACUUCUAUGGUUCAGCUUACAAAAUCUUCUGGUAUAUCUUCACCAUGUUCAUGACACUCUUGUACUAUACUUACCUCGGGAUGAUGGUGAUCGCCCUAACUCCAAGUGUCAACGUCGCUUCAAUCCUGCAAUCUCUUUUCAACACCACAUUGACACUCUUCGCAGGCUUUCUGAUCCCUGGACCGCAAAUUCCCAAGUGGUGGAUUUGGAUGUACUGGAGCUGUCCUACAAACUGGACUCUUCGUGCGUUCUUCAGUUCACAGUACGGAGACAUACAAGAACAGGUUGACGUAUUUGGAGAACAGAAAACAGUGGCCAACUUCCUGAAAGAUUACUAUGGAUUUCAUCACGAUCAACUGGGUCUGACCGCUGCUAUGCUUAUUAUCUACCCUCUUCUCUUUGCUCUCUUGUUCGCUCUCUUCACGUCAAAAUUGAGCUUCCAAAGAAGAUGAGAAACAGCAACAUUUCCACAUCACCAUUCCAGCUCCCACUAGCAAGGCAACGUAGAGGAGGUACCAGGCAUAGGUGCACAUAUGAGAAUAUUACCCUCCACUAGAAGUCUUCACUAAUUUUUCUUAGGUGUACAUUAGUCAUAUGAAUAUAUUCAAAUAACUGUAAUAGUUGUUUGUAGCUCGGUUACAGCAUUUUUUUAAUAUAAUGAGUUCUUUUGUCAACCGACAUAAAAGAUGUGGAUACAUACUGUUCUCACUUCAGGUCAGGCAGACGGCUACUCACCUGAAUGGGCUAACAUUUAAACUCAGGCUGCUGCUGUCCAUUUCAACUAGCAUUAAUCAUAUGAAAAAAAUUAGCGAAAGAGUCAGUUUUCCUUUGUUUCUCAGAGAUCAAUUCCCCAAUUUAAAGAACGCAUAUCAGCACCUAUUGAAACCUCAGCAACUUGAUUUAUGGCUUCAGUGGGUCGACUCAAAAUUGGUCCAUUGAGUCAAAAGAAUGGCAACACAAGCUCACUGCAUUGAUUCUCUCCACUUGGCUGAGUUUAACAAUUCUCGUCUCAAAUUGGAGUUUCCAGUGAUUGAAUUAAAAAAGAAAGAAUGAUUGGAUGCAAGAAGAGACAAAUCAUGCCCUUUCAAAGUAGUGGAUAAGUCGACACGUUGGCCUGACUUUUCCAUAUGAAUAUGCAAUUUUAAUUAAGAGAAGGGUCUUAAAAGCAAUGUGAAUGUGAAGCGCCGGAGUUUUCCUCAAUUUCGUACCUCAUUGAUAACUGCUCAGGUCGACUCCAGUUCACUGGUGCAUCAUCU